CUAUGGCCGGGUUUCCAUCAUUAGAAACCAUUCCUCAUACUGGAAUACUCGGCAGGCAUGGUGUAAACGUCUUCAAUUCCGAAAGCAGAAAUGAGACAAUGGUUAUUACGCUUGUGAAUGAGUUUGCUAACAUGAAAAUAGAAGAUAUUGCAAAGAAAACGGUUGGAAAAAGGUUAUUUGUUGGUUGGCCUUUUCUCCAAGAAGCUUUCGUGCAGGCUAUUUCCGAUGAACUUUUCAGAUAUGAAUUGGCAAAUUUGAAUGUUCAGAGACAAGAUGUUAGAAAUACCCAAACUAUUAAGAAUCCCCAAAUCAUUAAGAAUCCCCAUAGACAGGAUGUACUUGAACAUUGGCGUCGGAAGGCUGAUAAAUUGGAACAAAAUUAUAGCAAAAGAUACGGAACUAUCACGGGAACUGUGGAGGUCAUAGCUCAUGUUUUAAUGCUAAAAGGUUUAAGGAGGCUGAGCAAUGGUGCAUUGGUAAAGGAAUAUGCAAAUGCUAAUGAAGAAAUGGAUUACGCAAUCCAAACAACUGUGAGCAGCGUUGAAU